AUGUGGCAGCGCCGUUCAUCCCAAAGUGAACCGCCUCUUUCAUCAACCGCGCCCGCCAAUCCAGCAUACACCUACUACUCAUCAUCGGCAUAUCCAUCACAAAUGCCUUCUCGAAGAGGCCCCAUAGAAGGACCGCCGGGCUACCAAUUGCGACGAAGAGUUACGUGGCGGUCAUCCGCUUAUAAGAUCAUCGCCUAUCUCUAUGUUCUCGGUAUUUUGUACAUUGUCUGGCUGAUUCGAGAUUUGUUCUGGCUUCCAUUUUCGUCGAGUCCUAGUGGAAAUCAACAGUCGAAGCAAUAG